AGACAUCACUUUACUUGCUAAGGAGUGAACGAACGAGUAACUGCUUAGGUGCCGGACAUUUAACUUCCUAUUACUCAUUAAAGUUAAUUACACACUUAAUAAGGUUUGUAGGAAAAAAUAUUUUUUACUUUCCUUACUUUAUUUGAAUUUUUCUGUAAUGAGAAAUAUUCAAAUAAUUUAAAACAAAAGCCAAACAAACGUCUAUACGUCCUUUUGUGACCUUCAAAUGUCCAGCUCAUGACUUUUCGCAUUACAGAUUCAAAAUGAGCGGUGGUUCUGCAUUAUUCGGUUUAAAAGCUUUAAGACAAAAGUGGGAGUUAAUUCCACUGGUCGGUAUUCUUGGAACGGCCUGUAUUGGUGCUACUGCCUACUCUAUUUAUGCUGUAGCCACUAAAAGCGAUGUGAGAGUAAAUAAAACUAAAGCUGUAGCUCCUUGGGAAGAGGUUAAUCCCAAUGUCCCUCAAAAGCUAUUGACACUCAAUCAAAAAUAUGCCGAAAAUGCCGAAUUAGAAGCUCUAAGAAAAGAAAUUGGCAGCUACAAAUGCUAGGGAAAAUCUUUCUUCAAAAUAAUUAUGUCAACUCAAACUGUCCAAAUGAUACGUUUGAUCAUAAUGACCUGCGAUAUUAUUUUGGUCUCAAUUUUACUGUUUAUAUAUAAAUAUUUAUAUUAUGUAUUUAUAUAAUUCAAGUAAAUAUUCUAAGUCCAAGUCCGUCAUCUCUAAUUUUGUGAAUAUUGUACUUUAAAAAUAAAAUUGAAUACUAUAA